UUCAUUAACCAGGAGCAGGAAGUUGACUCUUGUCCAUUCCUCCAAGGCCAAGGAAAAGUAGAUCGAUAGGCCUAGCCUAGCGGGCCCUCGCGGUAAAACUGAUGGAUCCUGGUUGUAGGAAUGUAUGUUUAGCUCGUAACGAUCUUCAAGAGGAAGUGAGAAUUAUAGUAAUAGGCCCAUAAUCCUUUUGAUCCCAUUCAUUUCAUUAUUUUGAUCAGUGAUUUUUGCCGGAUUUCAGCGCAGCCUGGAAAACGUAUUGAGGUUUUACUCGAUCAUUGAUCGUGCAGAUGCAGAGGCCUAUAGAUCUAUAAUCCUAUAGGCUAACAGGAGCAGGACUUAAUGUAACUUGAUACCUUUAUAUUGUGGCCACACAACCGCCAUGGACCGACCUGACUCUGGAAAGUACAGGGAAGAACUGAUAAAGGCGAUACACAAAACCUUUGUGGAGUUUGUUGAUCCAUCUCAUUUCAUGAUCUUCCAACGCAGCUCUCAUGAUUUGUUAACUAAGGCUGACAAGGAGGAAGUGGAAAAGCUUUUACAGAGCAAAGGUGAGACACAUGCUGCUGACCUAUUGCUGAUUAAGCUGAGCAACCAUCCUGGCUGGUUUCAGUGUGUUCUGGAUGUGCUCAGGAGUGACGACAUGAAGCGCAAACAUGCUGCUGAUGAAAUGGAGAGUCAGAAACGGCAGCUGGAUCUUAGAUUGUCAAAAAAUCAACAAGUGCAGGAGCAUAUUUCUAUGGUGUACGCAAAGCAGGAAGUCAAAAGUGACUUUGAACUUGGGGCUUCUAAACGGCAGGACCAGAGUGAUGAUUCUUGUUCUGAAAUUUCAGAUAGAAACCUUACAGAAGUAAAGGGCAGAUAUUCUGAAGGUUUGCUGGAUACGAGUAAUGUAUCAUCUGCACAAGGCAACCAUCCGAGUGCAAUCAAAGGAUCCUAUGGACUGGACACCACUGAGGAAACUGAGUUAGGAGCAUGUGUGAGGAAUUUGAGUAUGGGCAGAAAGACUGCCCUCAGGUCACAAAGUCAGCAGUCAAGGAAACAAAAUAGUUCAAAACGUGUGGUGAUUCAAACAGAGGAAGUCAAGGCUAGGAAUCACACAAGGGUCACUCAAGUUGCACCACCAAAACAGAGGCUGGCUGGAGUACAUGGAGAAGAGUAUGACUUUAACCAGAGGGAGGUCAAGGAAAGUCUUGGGAAUAUGGAUGGUUGGCUCGAUGUUCUUACUGAUGAAGAAGUAUACCUAUUUAUGGAUUCUAAAAAAGAGGAAGAUGGUCAUUAUUUGCUGUGGUAUUGGGAGAGGAAAAGGCGCCCUGCCAUUUGCGUGACGUGUAAAAUGAAGUUGAAAGUUUUCACCAUCCACAAGAAACCCAUGAAGAACAACAAGACCCAAGUGGACUUUUAUUUUAUUUACAAAAGGCAGAGGAGAGAGAAAACUCUUGAGGAGAUUGUCAAGUAUCACAUUCAAAAUGGUGUGCAGCAAGACGCGAGCACAUCAGGAGUGUCACCAAUAGUGAAGUUUUCACACCCUGUUGUGGUGGCACAGACUGAAUUAAUGUAUGAAUAACAUAAUGAGUACCCUGACAUUUCUGUAACCCCUGAAAGUUUGUGCCAAACUGUAAAAAUACGGUUGUCCCCCCCCCCCCCCCCCCCC